CUUGUCGCCAUCUUGCCCCUUCUGAGGCACCGCAAACAAACCCAAUUCCUGGUGUCUCCUAGUCUUGGCGGAGGAGCAUUUUAGAUGAGCCCCGAAAGGCCGGGCAGGGAGGACAAGCUCUUUGGGGCUACCAAACAGAAGCAGCAAUGCCUGUUGUGUGGCCAACCCUUUUGGAUCUCAGCAGGGAUGAAUGCAAAAGGAUUCUUCGAAAAUUGGAAUUGGAGGCAUAUGCUGGAGUUAUCAGUGCACUUCGGGCACAGGGGGAUCUCACCAAGGAAAAGAAAGAUCUUCUUGGAGAACUCUCAAAAGUUCUUAGCAUCUCAACAGAACGCCAUCGUGCUGAAGUUCGGAGAGCAGUAAACGAUGAACGGUUAACAACAAUUGCACAUAAAAUGAAUUUAUCCUUAUAUUUGGGUGAAAGACCAAGUUACAGUAUGUCUGGACCUAAUAGCUCCUCAGAAUGGUCCAUUGAAGGUCGUCGGUUGGUACCACUGAUGCCCCGGCUAGUUCCCCAAACUGCCUUCACUGUAACAGCUAAUGCUGUUGCAAAUGCAGCCAUCCAGCACAAUGCAUCCCUUCCAGUGCCUGCAGAAACAGGAAGCAAAGAAGUAGUGGUUUGUUAUUCCUACACAAGUACCACGUCAACCCCAACCUCUACCCCUGUUCCAAGUGGCAGCAUAGCAACGGUUAAGUCUCCAAGACCUGCCAGUCCUGCCUCCAAUGUAGUUGUCUUGCCAAGUGGAAGUACUGUUUAUGUCAAAAGUGUUAGCUGUUCAGAUGAAGAUGAAAAACCCAGAAAACGAAGGCGAACAAACUCCUCUAGCUCCUCUCCCGUUGUCCUAAAGGAAGUUCCAAAGGCUGUUGUUCCAGUCUCAAAGACCAUCACUGUGCCUGUGAGUGGCAGUCCCAAGAUGAGCAACAUCAUGCAGAGUAUUGCCAACUCCUUACCACCCCACAUGUCUCCUGUGAAAAUAACCUUCACCAAACCAUCAACACAAACGACAAACACAACAACACAGAAGGUAAUUAUAGUGACCACAUCACCAAGUUCAACCUUCGUGCCCAACAUUCUCUCCAAAUCCCAUAAUUAUGCAGCAGUCACUAAGCUUGUACCAACAUCAGUCAUUGCUUCCACAACUCAGAAGCCACCGGUUGUUAUAACUGCUUCACAGUCCUCUCUGGUCAGUAGUAGCAGCAGUGGCAGCAGCAGUUCUACGCCAUCACCUAUUCCUAAUACAGUUGCAGUAACAGCUGUGGUAUCCUCCACACCGUCUGUAGUCAUGUCAACAGUAGCACAAGGUGUAUCUACAUCAGCAAUUAAAAUGGCAUCAACAAGACUUCCUUCCCCCAAAAGCUUAGUGAGUGCUCCAACCCAGAUUCUCGCACAGUUUCCUAAACAGCAUCAACAGUCUCCUAAGCAGCAGUUACAUCAAGUGCAACAACAGACACAGCAACAGGUGGCCCAGCCUUCUCCAGUAUCUCAUCAGCAACAGCCUCAGCAGUCCCCUUUGCCACCUGGUAUCAAACCUACCAUCCAAAUCAAACAGGAGUCAGGUGUUAAAAUCAUCACACAACAGGUUCAGCCAAGUAAAAUCUUACCUAAACCAGUGACUGCAACUCUUCCCACCAGUAGCAAUUCCCCUAUUAUGGUGGUUAGCAGUAAUGGUGCAAUUAUGACAACUAAACUGGUAACCACUCCUACGGGUACACAGGCAACCUAUACCCGGCCAACAGUGAGCCCAUCCAUAGGUCGGAUGGCUGCAACACCUGGAGCUGCAACCUAUGUGAAAACUACCAGUGGUAGCAUCAUUACAGUAGUACCCAAAUCAUUAGCUACUUUGGGGGGCAAGAUAAUUAGCAGUAAUAUAGUUUCUGGAACAACUACCAAAAUCACUACAAUCCCAAUGACUUCCAAGCCUAAUGUGAUUGUUGUGCAAAAGACAACAGGAAAAGGAACGACCAUUCAAGGCCUCCCUGGCAAAAAUGUUGUCACAACAUUGUUAAAUGCUGGAGGAGAAAAGACAAUUCAGACAGUGCCAACAGGAGCAAAGCCAGCUAUCAUCACUGCUACAAGACCUAUCACCAAAAUGAUUGUAACUCAGCCCAAAGGAAUAGGUUCUACAGUUCAACCAGCAGCUAAAAUUAUCCCAACAAAAAUUGUUUAUGGGCAGCAAGGGAAAACACAGGUUCUUAUUAAACCCAAACCAGUAACAUUUCAAGCCACAGUUGUUAGUGAACAAACAAGACAGCUGGUAACAGAAACAUUACAGCAAGCAUCCAGGGUAGCAGAGGCUGGUAAUUCAUCUAUUCAGGAAGGAAAAGAAGAACCACAGAGUUAUACGGAUAGUAGUUCCUCUUCCACAGAGUCCUCUCAAAGUUCCCAAGAUUCCCAGCCUGUAGUUCAUGUAAUUGCUUCCCGGCGUCAGGAUUGGUCAGAACAUGAGAUUGCAAUGGAGACUAGCCCCACCAUAAUAUAUCAGGAUGUAUCCAGUGAAUCACAAUCAGCUACUUCAACAAUCAAAGCUCUUUUAGAACUCCAACAGACAACAGUGAAGGAAAAAUUGGAAUCUAAACCAAGACAACCCACUAUUGACUUGAGUCAAAUGGCAGUGCCUAUUCAGAUGACCCAGGAAAAGAGACAUUCUCCUGAGAGUCCAUCAAUUGCUGUGGUAGAGUCAGAACUAGUUGCUGAAUACAUCACUACUGAACGCACUGAUGAGGGGACAGAGGUUGCUUUUCCCCUUCUAGUCAGCCAUCGAUCCCAGCCCCAACAGCCCUCCCAGCCCCAGCGGACCCUGCUCCAACACGUGGCUCAGUCACAGACUGCAACGCAGACAUCGGUGGUGGUGAAGUCCAUCCCAGCCUCUUCUCCAGGAGCAAUCACCCACAUUAUGCAGCAGGCAUUAAGCAGUCACACUGCUUUUACCAAACACAGCGAGGAACUUGGAACUGAGGAGGGCGAGGUUGAAGAGAUGGACACUUUAGACCCUCAGACAGGUCUGUUUUACCGAUCUGCUCUGACUCAGUCACAGUCAGCUAAACAGCAGAAACUUAGCCAGUCCCAGCUGGAACAGACUCAGCUGCAAGUGAAAACUCUGCAGUGCUUCCAGACUAAACAGAAGCAGACCAUCCACCUGCAGGCAGACCAGCUCCAGCACAAACUCCCGCAAAUGCCCCAGCUUUCCAUCAGGCAUCAAAAACUCACCCCUCUCCAGCAAGAACAAGCACAGCCCAAGCCAGAUGUACAGCACACACAGCAUCCCAUGGUGGCCAAAGACAGGCAGCUUCCUACUUUAAUGGCACAGCCCCCGCAAACUGUAGUACAGGUGCUUGCAGUGAAAACCACGCAGCAGCUCCCUAAACUGCAGCAAGCUCCGAACCAACCAAAAAUCUACGUGCAACCCCAAACCCCCCAGAGCCAAAUGUCGCUCCCUGCCUCGUCAGAGAAACAGCCGGCAAGCCAGGUGGAGCAGCCAAUUAUAACUCAAGGAUCCUCUGUUACAAAGAUAACUUUUGAGGGGCGCCAGCCUCCCACAGUUACAAAGAUAACUGGUGGCAGUUCUGUGCCUAAGCUGACAUCACCAGUUACAAGCAUAUCUCCCAUUCAGGCCUCUGAGAAGACAGCAGUGUCAGACAUAUUGAAAAUGUCUUUGAUGGAAGCUCAGAUUGAUACAAAUGUAGAGCAUAUGGUAGUGGAUCCCCCAAAGAAGGCUCUUGCCACUAGUAUGCUCACGGGUGAAGCAGGAUCAUUACCCUCCACCCACAUGGUGGUGGCAGGGAUGGCGAAUUCCACUCCCCAGCAACAGAAAUGUAGAGAGUCCUGUUCAAGUCCAUCUGCUGUUGGCCCUCCCCUAACGGCCAGAAAAAUCGAUGCACCAGGAGUGCCUGCGACAGGCCAAUUCAUGCGUAUUCAGAAUGUAGGCCAAAAGAAAGCUGAAGAGAGCCCAGCAGAAAUUAUCAUCCAGGCCAUUCCCCAGUAUGCUAUUCCUUGCCACGCCAGCUCCAAUGUGGUUGUGGAGCCCAGUGGGCUUCUGGAGCUAAACAACUUCACCAGUCAGCAGCUGGAUGAUGAUGAGACAGCAAUGGAGCAGGACAUAGACAGUAGCACGGAGGAUGGAACCGAGCCCAGCCCCUCUCAGAGUUCUGCCGAACGGUCCUAGUGUUUUGGACACAGGAGUGCACUUUAAAACCUGCUUGGUUACCAAGUGUCCAGGGAAACUUGUAUUUUGAUGUCUAAAAAAAAGCACUUUGCCCGUACGUAGGCUGUGGACCCUGAAACAGCAGUGUUUCAACAAGAUAUUGCUGCAGGAGCAGCAUUUUAACAAGAUAAAGCUCACAGGGGAAUGUACUUUUUUAAAAAAAA